UACGAGCCGAUGUCAAAAUUUUUAAUUUUUGAACGCGAUUUGGAAAAAAUGAAUUAAAAUAGUUGCAUUGUAAACAAUAGCACAAUGAAUCGUUUAGUUCGUGUUAAUAGGCAUUGUUUUAAUACAUUAAAAUGUAACUAUAAGUUUUCACAACAAACUUUGUUAAGACCGAAAAAUUUUUCUCCAGAUUUACUUAUCAUAAGGAAAGUCCAUGAGGAAAAGAAAAUCCGGUCAACUCUUAAUUAUAUGAUUGCACUAGGUGUUAUGACUGUAGGAUUAAGUUAUGCAGCAGUUCCAUUAUACAGGAUAUUUUGUCAAGCAUACAGUUAUGGAGGUACAACGGGCCAGGCGGAGGCCACAGAUGAUGUGAGCAAAAUGCAAGCUAUCAAGGAGAGACCUAUUAAGAUACGUUUCAAUGCUGAUGUGGCCUCAUCUAUGCAGUGGAACUUCAAGCCACAACAAGUGGAUAUCACAGUGGUGCCUGGUGAAACAGCCCUAGCUUUCUACACUGCCCGCAACCCAACAGACAAGCCUGUUGUUGGUAUAAGCACAUACAAUGUGAUUCCAUUUGAAGCAGGUCAAUACUUCAAUAAGAUACAGUGUUUCUGUUUUGAAGAACAGAUGCUAAAUCCUCAUGAAAUGGUGAACAUGCCAGUAUUCUUCUAUAUUGAUCCAGAAUUUAGCGCAGACCCAAAGAUGGAAUACAUCGAUGAGAUAGUGUUGUCCUAUACAUUCUUUGAGGCAAAAGAGGGACUGAAGUUGCCAGUUCCUUCCUAUGUUAAAUAAUUUGCAAGACAAAGUAGUAUUUAGCUAGAAAAUAGAAAUGUAUUUAUAAUGUUGAAUUAUUUAUUUUUAAUAAAAAAUGAAUUGGAA